GUCGUGCCGCUCUGGAGGCUCUCUGCUGGAGCGCCGCGGCCCCUCCUCCCAGAGCGGCCCCCUUUUCCCGCGCGAGCUGGCUGUGCUACUGGGGCCGUCCGGGGGAAACAUGGCGUCUGCCUUGGAGCAGUUCGUGAACAGUGUCCGACAGCUGUCGGCUCAAGGGCAAAUGACUCAGCUUUGUGAACUGAUCAACAAGAGCGGGGAACUCCUUGCAAAGAACUUGUCCCAUCUGGACACCGUGCUCGGGGCUCUCGACGUGCAGGAGCACUCCUUGGGCGUCCUUGCCGUUCUAUUUGUGAAGUUUUCUAUGCCCAGUGUUCCUGACUUCGAAACAUUAUUCUCGCAGGUUCAGCUUUUCAUCAGUACUUGUAAUGGAGAACACAUUCGAUACGCAACAGACACUUUUGCUGGGCUUUGCCAUCAGCUAACAAAUGCACUUGUGGAAAGAAAACAGCCCCUGAGAGGAAUUGGCAUCCUUAAGCAAGCCAUAGACAAGAUGCAGAUGAACACAAACCAGCUGACCUCCAUACACGCCGAUCUCUGCCAGCUGUGUCUACUGGCAAAAUGCUUUAAGCCUGCGCUUCCGUAUCUUGACGUGGACAUGAUGGAUAUUUGUAAAGAGAAUGGAGCCUAUGAUGCAAAGCACUUUUUAUGUUACUAUUAUUAUGGAGGGAUGAUUUAUACUGGGCUGAAGAACUUUGAAAGAGCACUCUACUUUUAUGAACAGGCUAUAACUACCCCUGCCAUGGCGGUCAGUCAUAUCAUGUUGGAAUCGUAUAAAAAGUAUAUUCUAGUUUCUUUGAUAUUACUUGGAAAAGUACAACAGCUACCGAAAUAUACGUCUCAAAUUGUGGGUAGAUUCAUUAAGCCUCUUAGCAAUGCAUACCAUGAAUUAGCACAAGUUUACUCAACCAAUAAUCCCUCAGAACUCCGCAACCUGGUGAACAAGCACAGUGAAACAUUCACUCGUGAUAACAACAUGGGACUGGUGAAGCAAUGCUUGUCUUCUCUUUAUAAGAAGAAUAUUCAAAGGCUAACCAAGACCUUUUUAACACUAUCUUUACAAGAUAUGGCAAGUCGUGUGCAGUUAUCUGGACCUCAGGAGGCAGAAAAAUAUGUCCUACACAUGAUAGAAGAUGGUGAAAUUUUUGCAAGUAUUAAUCAGAAGGAUGGUAUGGUCAGUUUCCAUGAUAACCCUGAAAAAUAUAAUAACCCUGCCAUGCUUCAUAACAUUGACCAGGAGAUGCUGAAGUGCAUAGAGUUGGAUGAGCGGCUGAAGGCCAUGGACCAGGAGAUCACAGUGAACCCCCAGUUUGUGCAAAAGAGCAUGGGCUCACAAGAAGAUGAUUCAGGAAACAAACCAUCUAGUUAUUCUUGAAACUAACGUCCAUCCUGAAUUAAACGAAAGGAACUGUCACCUUGGCCAGUGGCAAGUGUCAGGAGGGCAGCAGGGAGGACCAAGCCUGUCUCACCUGGACGUUUAGAAAUUACUUUUUAUUUUGACAUCUUCAGUCCUAUGUGCUUUCAGAAAAUCAUUCUGUCUGCAAAGAAAGGAAAAAAAUUUCAAACUUUAAAGUCUGUUGUGGAUUUAUUUAUCCUCAGAUUAAUGUUGUUAUUCAUUAAAUCUACCUUUUGUUUUAAAUUA